GACCGACGCCUGGCCCUUGCCGGUCAUGUAAUGCGCCACGACGAGAUGGCCGGAAGGGUUCUGCUCUGGCGGCCUGACGACAAGAGAAGACGUGGCCGACCAUCCCUGACUCUUAAGAGGGUGAUUGAGGAGGAUGUUGGCCUCCAAGACGGAGACCUCCUGUCUGUCAUGCGGGACAGAGCAGCCUGGAGGAACUUUAUUGUGUCACCGGAAGGAUGACCUGAACUGAACUGAAUUGAACUGAAGAAAGCCCAUACAAUUCAAAAAGAAAGAAAUAUCGGCACCGGUAUGAAAGCAUUCUGCAUUCUGAAUACGUAGAUAUAGUAGGUGAAAAUGUAGAACUCCAAUACUGUGUCAGCUCUAUAUACUGAUACUAUUCGGGUAAUCGGUGCUUCUGACCCUGAAUUACCUUUGGCCCAGAUUCAUGUCUAUUUUCUGUCAGCCAUUUUUGUGCGAAAUGGUACCGUUACCUUCUUAACUCACAAACUGGGCUUGCAGGGCAUCUAAAGAAGAAACAAUUACCCCACGUCCCGACUGAUGUUUUGGCUAGAAAGCAGCAUGUCCAUACAACGGGAGUUCAUCUGUGGCCUCUCGCACGAGGUGACCAUAGCAGUCCUCCCCAGACUGAACAUGGAGGAGCUGAUGUUUGAACUCAACAGAAGGAUCCAAAACCUGGACAAUGAGAACAGCAUCAAGGACAGGUUGGUCAGUAUCCUUAGGGACGUGAUGUUGGAGGAAUACAGUCUGUUGGAAAGGAAGUCAGAAGUCAAUUCUCCAGACGAAACGAACAUACCUGUGCAAAAUCAGGAGACAGCUACCAUGCAAGGGAACGUUCUGACUGCGUGCGCUGAAACAAAGGUAUCACAUACUGCAAGUCAUGAAGCCUCACAGCAGAGUUCUGGGCUGGACAUUGCGAUAAAGAAGGAAAACAAUGUAAGCAGUGAAGUGCUCGUGCAUACAAAGGAACUUGAACUUGAUACCGACAAUGUACAUCUAACAGUUACACAACAAGAUCAAAUUUGCAACAUGCCCAGUCCAGUCUCACCAACAAUCUUUGCAUGCAAUACCAUUCCGAUACACAUGGAUAACACAGCAGAUUCCCGCAUUAAAGAGGAAGACUUUGAUAUGAUGACUGAGGAUGAAUCAGGGGGACCUUGUCAUGACGAAUUUACUUUUGACACUAAUGCAUCCAGUACGCAGGUAUUUCAUGUACUGGAUACACUUAAUCCAAUGAAUACUUCUUGUACAGAGAACACUGUGGAAAGCGAUACACACAGACCCAGCAAGGAAACAGCCUUGACUUCUUGUCAACUGCAUCCCGACGACGGUGACGUAAAUAUAAGAAUGGAAUGCCAUCUGUUACAGGAUGAACAAAUCGUGAAGAUUUCUCAACCUUCAAAAUCUGAUCAAACUGAAAACUAUACUAAUGACAGAGCUAGAGAAACUGGUUUCAUCAACAGCGGACAUGUACAUGAGCAUAGUAGAAAAGACAGUAGUGAGGAAAUACCUUUGGCUCGUUGUGAACCGACUCCAGACCAGGAUUCUGAGAACAUCUCGUCUCAUCUUCCUGACAAUGACUCACGACUAGAUGCCAAAGGCUACGUGUGUGACGUUUACGGAUUCAACACAACACCUCCACGCUAUAUUUAUGAGCAUAAGAAACGUCACAAAGGAGAAAAACCUUUCAUGUGCGGCGAAUGUGAUUACAGGGCAUACCACAAUUGUCGGCUUGUCGAACACAUGAGAAAACAUACCGGUGAGAAACCGUUUAAAUGUAAGGAGUGUUCCUACAGCACAGCUUAUAAGGGCGAUCUUGUUAAACACCUGAGGUAUCACACAAGUGAAAGACCCUACAGUUGUCAAGAGUGUGAUUACAAGACAAAAGAUAGGUCCAACCUCGCCAAGCAUAUCAGAAACAAACACCAGUGAAACUACUGUCAGUUACCAACCAGAAAUAGAACAUCAACAUCAUAGAAAUUCUAGGUAUAAACUAUAUGUUUCUUAUUCAUUUAUCCAUCUACUUUAUUGAUAGCAAGACACCAGAUUCAAAAUACAUAACCAUUUCUUGUAUUAUUAUUUAUUUAUCUAUGUGUUUAUCUCACCUACAUGUAUUUAUCUUUCUACGUUAACGUUGAUGAUGAUUUAAAACCCAGCUGAUAAGAUACUCAAGAAACAUAAUGUCACCAACCAAAGGUAGUGGAUGCUAUCUGAAACGUCUGAUGGUUUCCAAAAUCAUAUAAUAUAAUAUAAUCCAGUUGCUUGAGUAACUGCUUUUGGGCAUAUUUAUCUUUUCGGUUAUUUCUGUGUUAUCCAGAAUCGACCUGCGCAGUGACUUCGCACUGCUUAACAGUAAUUUACUAAUUAGAGAUUUGCUCAGGAUGAGUUACGCAUACCUACUCCCGACAAAGAUUGUACAUGUUUCAAGAUCUGAUCAUUUAUACAUUUCAGU